GGAUUUAUGCAGUGAAUACGAUAUAAAUCCAUUUAUCACAGCGCACCACGCGGUAUAAUGCGCGCGCAAUAUACGCGCAGAGCAUAGGAGCAGUCAGUUAUCAACCACCCUCAAAGAUACACGUCUUAAUUUGAGUACUGCUUAAUUGGGGAAAUAUUCUCAAAAAAAUUUUUCCAAAACACUUCUUUGGAGAUAUGCCUAAGUGCAAGUCAUCCGCAACUGUGGUUACUGCUGCAAAAAAGUCCACCAGAAAAGAAAGAGCUGCAACCAAAUCGCACCAAAAAGAAGGGGGAAAUGACGAUAAUGCUAUUCACGGCACGGAAGAGGGCAUUAACGAGCCUGUUAGCUCAAUAGGUAAGUCUGACUACUUACCUACGCCUAUUGUUAGUAUAACUGAUGCAUUGGGUUGCACGAUCCCUUUCAAAACCCGCGAAAAAAUACAAAAUGGGGAGUAUUUAGAUCUGGGCGUUCUGUUGGAAACGACGGAAGAAAGGGACAAGAAAAAUAAAAUUAACCUAGUAGAUGGGGAACUGGUUUUGCAAAAAGGCAAAAGUAGGAAAAUCACCGAUAUCGGGAAAUGGACAGACGCAUUCCUUGUAUUUACUAGCAUUUACGUCGAAGCUCACCCCGAUCAAUCACUUGGCUUACUGAAAUAUAUGCACACGAUUAGACUGGGCUCCUAUAGAUCUCCCACCGGCUGGAAAUUGUAUGACGAGCAAUUUAGGCUUAAAAAGGCAAGAAAUAGUUCUAUGGAAUGGGGGCAAAUCGACAAUGAACUUUGGAUGUUAUACGUAACUUCUCCAGUUACCAUUCCCCAAAAAACAGUUGAACCGUCAAAAGGCAUGUGUUUUGAUUUUAACUACAAGGGUGCAUGUAGUAAACCCUAUUGUAUUUACGCACAUCGUUGUAUCAGGUGUGCAUCUGACCACCCAAUGUCCACUUGUCCUCGUAGCCCAGCCCCUCGCUUUCCCAUGCAAAAGCAGCCUUUUCGUUUUCAAUCACCAAAUCAGCAACCACGCCCAGCGCAAACCCCAAACUAUAGAUUUCGCUACCCCCAGGGGGCUAAAGCACCUCGGUCAUUCUCCAGUAGAUAUUAAUCAACUCUCAAUAUUGAUACAGUCAUAUCCAAACCAUGAUGUGGGCAAUGAGUUAUUAAAUGGGUUUAAAUUUGGAUUUCCCCUUCACUAUAUAGGCCAACGCACUCACUUGGAGUGUAAAAAUUUAAUUUCGGCAAACCAGCAUCCGAACGAAAUUCAGAAUAUAUUGCAAAGUGAAAUUGAUAUGGGUCGCAUGGCCGGACCUUUCUACAAUAUACCACUUUCGAAUCUGAGGGUGUCUCCAAUAGGCGUCGUGCCAAAAUCUAGCGGGGGGUGGCGUUUAAUUACUCAUCUGUCAUAUCCACAUAACAAUAGCGUGAACGACUUCAUUGAUAAAGAACUUUCAUCUGUACACUACUCAUCAUUCGAUAGCGCUAUCGAAAUGAUAAGUCAGCUCGGAAAAGGCGCUUUAUUGGGCAAAAUGGACAUAAAAAGUGCAUUUAGACUUUUACCAAUU